AAGCAGUCCGGAUUUUUACCCCACCAUUGACCACCCUACACACUUUCAAUCUACAUAACUUACCCAAUUAUUGUCCAAAUGUCUCGAAAAGAAGGUCAAAUUGCUCUUGCAAUCAGUGCAUACAAUAAGGGUCAAUUUACAAGCUUAAAAGCAGCUUGUACAAGGUACGAUGCGCCAUAUUCUACUACUUACGACCGCGUCAAGGGAGCUAUUCCACAACGCGAUUUCCGACCCCGAAACCAGAAACUCACCGACCUCGAGGAAUCAGCACUUAUACAAUGGAUGUUAUCAAUGGAAGCUAGAGGUCUGCCAGUAAGGAAAGAUUCGAUACGCCAAAUGGCCGAUUUACUACUGGAAAAGCGAACUGGA